AUGCGUGCGUAUCCAGAUAAGACCAUAGAGAUUGAGAUGGCAAAUAGUCAUGCGACCGGUACUGCAGACAUUACGAUUGCGUCCAUCCGCAGCCUCCUUUCGAAAAACCGGAUAGAGAAAUAUGACCCGAAGAGGUUCAAGCUGGUACUGGUAGAUGAAGCACAUCAUAUCGUUGCGCCUACAUAUCGUGAGGCCCUUGCCCAUUUCGGCCUGGGCGAACAUACUGCAAACUCUCCCGCAUUGGUUGGAGUCUCUGCAACUUUUUCGCGAUUUGAUGGGCUGAAACUAGGUGCAGCCAUCGACCAUAUAGUGUAUCACAAGGACUACGUUGAUAUGAUUGGGGAGAACUGGCUUGCCGAUGCCCUUUUCACGACCGUAAAAUCGCACGUCGACCUCUCACAAGUGGAUGAUGCCCCGAACGGGGAUUUUCACACCCGCCAGCUUUCGCUUGCUGUCAAUACUGAGACGGUCAAUGAUAUUACUGUGUCGGCAUGGCGUGCUAGAGCGCAGGAGAGGAAAUCAACACUCGUGUUUUGUGUGGAUAUUGAGCAUGUAAAGUGCCUGACAGCGAAAUUUCGCGAAUUUGGAGUUGAUGCUAGGUAUAUCACCGGCCAAUCUGCCAAAGAUGUCCGAACGAAAGAGCUAGAAGCCUUCAGGAACUAUGAGUUUCCUGUUUUGAUUAACUGCGGACUAUUUACAGAGGGCACUGAUAUCCCGAAUAUUGACUGCGUCCUACUCGCGAGGCCGACGAGGUCUAAAAAUCUUCUCAUCCAGAUGAUAGGGAGAGGGUUACGGCUACAUCCAGGAAAAACGAACUGUCAUAUCAUUGAUAUGGUUGCCUCCCUGGAUCAUGGAGUCUUGACAACACCCACUUUAUUUGGACUUCAUCCUGAUGAAGGCUUAGACGAGACCCCAGCUAAGGAUUUUAAGAAGAGGAGAGAGGAUUUUGAGAACGGCACGCUGCAGGAGGGCGAAGAAAAACCGUCACCUAAGCAAGAGAACGUUGUUGUUGAUUUUACAGAUUACGACUCUGUCCAUGACCUCGUGCAGGACACAUCCAGUGAAGAACAUAUACGUUCCAUCAGCGAUAAUGCGUGGGUGCAGGUUGGUCCAGAUCGUUACAUCCUCGGCGCCCCGGCCGGGAGAUUAACAAUAUCCAAAGAUGACUCUGGCCUGUUUUCAGUCCAUCAUAUUAUUAGCUUAGGACCAUCGGGUAAAUCGAAAAGCCCAUUCAGCCGUCCUCGAGAGGUGGCGUCAUCUGUUGAGCUAGUCCAGGCAGUUCAUGCUGCAGACACUCUUGCCAACCGCGUGUUUGGGGGCCCGACGUUUAUUGCGUCGUGGCAACCGUGGAGAAAGAAACGGGCAAGCCCUGGUCAAAUAGGAUAUCUGAGGAAGCAGCUUGGUCAGGAGGUGGGCGGAGUUAUUUCGAAGGGCGAAGCGGCGGAUAUGAUUACCAAGAUUAAGCACGGAGCUAAGGGCCAAUUUAAGGAUAUAUUGUCGGCUAAGCGGCGGAUAAAUCGCGAACGCGAGAAGGUGGCUAAAUGGGAUAACUUGGUAGCCAGCCAGGAGGUGAAAGUUGGGCCUCUUGGAUGA